CGCUUUUUCGGUGUGCGGUAAAGUGUUUAUGCACCGAAUCGAAGGCGAAAGUUGCAUAUUAAAAUGCCUUCCGGCAAAAAUUUUAGGAGGAGAAGGGAUUCUUCGGAUGUGGAAGAAGAUGAAACGACUCAAGAAGUCAGAUGUAAAGUAGAAGAGGCUAAAGAACUGCAGAGCCUGCGGCGACGACAGAACGGAGUCAGCAUUACUGCGUUACUAGUUGGGGAAAAAUUGCCACCCGAGGUUGAGAUUGAUAAUGACCCCUUUAAGCUAAAAACCGGAGGGGUUGUUGACAUGAAGAAAGUAAAGGAUCGGAAUCGAGACAUGACAGAGGACGAUACCGACCUUAAUCUGGGUACCUCGUUCUCAGCUGAAACAAACAGAAGAGAUGAAGAUGCAGACAUGAUGAAAUACAUUGAGACCGAGCUGAGAAGAAAAAAGGGCCUCGUGGAAGCGGAGGAACAAAAAGUCAAGGUGAAAAACGCAGAGGACCACCUCUACGAGCUGCCCGAGAACAUCAGAGUUAACUCCGCCAAGAAGACCGAGGAGAUGUUGUCUAACCAGAUGCUGAGCGGCAUCCCUGAAGUCGACCUUGGUAUUGAUGCAAAGAUAAAGAACAUCAUCCAGACAGAGGAGGCUAAAGCCAAGCUGCUUGCAGAGCAAAGGAACAAGAAAAAAGACAACGGAACGUCAUUUGUACCGACCAAUAUUGCUGUAAACUAUGUCCAGCACAACCGCUUCUAUCACGAGGACGCCAACGCUGCUCAGAGGCACCACAGACGAGAUCGGGAGGAACCCAAAGCGAGGCCGUUGCGUGUGGGGGACACUGAGAAACCUGGGCUGGAAACAUCAGAGCCACCUAACUUCCGCAAACGGCCAAAUAACGAAAAGGCUACCGAUGACUACCAUUACGAGAAGUUCAAGAAGAUGAAUCGACGAUAUUAAGCUGUCGUGGAGUCUUUUUUUUUUCCCCCCCUCUUUCUUCUGAAUUAUUUUUGUAUGUUGUACUAUCUGGAAAAAGUGGCCGCCUGAGAGAAAACAUCUUUCGAGCUUGAAUCGUCCUAUCAUGACAAUGUUUUGCUCUGUAA